AUGAUGAUGAUCCGAAAAAAACUGAGCCCUCCGGUUUUCAAUGCAUUUCAAAAAUCUAUCGGACAAUGGAAUCGAACAAUUUCAUUUGUUGGAAAGAAUUUCCAUGACGAUAUCACAAAAUGGUUUGGUAGUGCUUCUUCUCAUUCUGUCCUUGUUGAUAAAACUGGAGUUUGUUCAUUUAAUGUCGGUUAUUCUCAAUUCCGGAAGCAGAUGGAUAGACUCAAAAGUACCCAAACAAAAGAUUUAGUCUUCAGUGUAUGUUUUAAUUUUUAG